AUGCAACCGAUCCAGCUGAGUUUCUUGGUCUUUCUUCUCCUAUGCACCUCAAACCUCAGAGCCCAACAAGGCUACUCAGGCAACGAGGAGCUAGACUGUGACAACCAAGGCAGAAGGGUUCCAUCUCCUUCUUAUCUCUACACCUGCAAUGGCCAGAACCUGUCCUGCCGAGCAUUUAUGAUCUUUAAGUCUCAAGCCAACUAUAGUUCGGUAUCUUCCAUAUCUCGUCUACUCUCCACAGACUCUCUGGAGCUUGCAAGGAUCAACGAUGUCUCGGUAUCCGACUCAUUCCCAACCAACAAGGAAGUGAUCAUCCCUGUGAAUUGUUCUUGUCCAGGUCAGUACUACCAGGCCAACACAUCUUACGUUAUCGACGACGUUGAUACAUAUUACUCAUUAGCAACUGGAGUAUACCAGGGACUAAGUUCUUGUAAUGCCCUCGUGGGUGAGAAUCCUUGUGAUGCCAAUGAUUUGUUUGGCGGUCUAGAUUUGCUAGUUCCUCUUCGAUGUGCUUGCCCGUCAAGAAAUCAGACUGCAGAUGGUAUAAAGUACCUAUUAACGUACCCAGUCAGCGAAGGUGAUAGUUUUUCAGAUCUUAGCGAUAGAUUCAAUGCUAGUUACGAUGACACUGCUUCUGCAAAUGGGUUCUCUAAACAAGGGGAGCCUACUAUUUACCCGUCCACCACAAUUCUGAUCCCUUUACCACAAGAACCUGUGAGCUCCCAAACCAUAAUUCACCACCCGAUCGAAAUCUCCCCGUUCCAGCCUCUUCAUCCAUCAAUCAUCAACAACAACAUCAAAAGAUCGCAUUCUAAGCUUCGCUUCGGCAUUGGCAUUGCGGUUGCUUCUCUUCUAGUCCUAUGUGCUCUUGUUGCGGUUGCUCUCUGGUGCGAUAAGAAGUGGAUGAAGAGAGCUGUUGGAAAGAAGAAAGCUAUUUUACCGAAAGAUAUUCUCAAAGCCAUAACAGACGUGAAUCAUGAGCUGAAGGUGCUCUCAUGCGAGGAACUCAAUGCAGCAACGCAAGAUUUCAGCUGUGAGCUCUGGGGCAUCGGCACAGGCAAAGAACACAGCUAUCUUGUUUAUGAGUAUAUGGAAAACGGAUCUUUGAAGGACUGGCUCAUGGAUAGGAGCCGCUCGGAGCUUUUGAGUUGGAAUCAGAGGGUUCAGAUCGCUCUGGAUAUAGCAAAUGGGCUCGACUAUCUUCACAACUCCGCAGAACCCCCUUAUGUGCACACGGGUAUCAAGAGCAGCAAUGUUCUUCUCGAUAGAAAUUUGAGAGCCAAGAUCGCAAACUUUUCCAUGGCAAGAUCCUUGGAAGGUGGUGGGUUUGCCAUGGCAGGAACCGUGGAAGGGACACUGGGUUGCAUGGCACCAGAGUAUCUGGAAGGCGGAUUAGUGACACAUAAGAUCGAUGUAUACGCCUUUGGGGUGGUGAUGUUAGAGCUUAUCACGGGAAAAGAUGCGGUAAUUAAGCAUGAAGGAAGAGAGAAGCUACUAUCCUCUAUGAUGAUUUCCAUUGUGGAAGGAAGGAAUGCACAGGUCGAGCUCAGCAACUUUCUGGACUCUAUAAUGAGAGAUGGUUGUCAGGUAGGUCUUGCAUUGGCAAUGGCAAAGCUAAGUGUGGCCUGUUUGAGACAAGAUCCAGACAGCAGACCUAGCAUGGGUGAAGUUGUGUCACUACUUCUGAGACUACAAAUGGAAUCAAAGAAAUCCGGAGUGGCAUGA